AUGUCGCCUCUGUCCACUGCCCAUUAUGCCCACGGCACGAUUGACAGUCUCUUCACGACUGUCGCAUUGCAGCAUCCAGAUGCGAUUGCUGUGCAGUUUGAAUCUUCUGUCAGUCUGACUUACAGAGAGCUGCACAACCAGAUGCUCCAAGUAUCCGCGGCUCUUGCACCGCGAAUCUGUCAUGGCCAGCCUGUGCCGGUCCUUCUACCACGCUCGCCUCUCCAGGUCGCUGUCAUCUUGGCACUCAGUCAUCUCGGAGCCAUCUAUGUCCCACUGGACCCUGAAUUACCUCCGAAUCUUCUUCACGAUCUCUUGGAUCGCGUCGAUUCCCCGGUUAUCAUCACGAAUUCUCUUCCCUCUUGGUCUAUCCCUACCUGGUGCCAUGAGCUCGAAGACCACACUGUUCUCGACCUCUCAAAUAUUCUACCGACUAUUGGGGGAAGUGAGGUACAGCGUGUUCUGUCUCGUAACGUGCGUCCAGACAGCGUUGCCGCGAUCUUAUUUACCUCGGGGAGUACUGGAAAGCCCAAAGGUGUUGUACUGACACAUCGAAACCUCAUUGAUCCCGCGAAAACCCUGAGUCGGUUUGAAUCAAUUGGGCUUGGUUCGCGCGUCUUUCAAUUCGCCUCGUUUACCUCCAACGUUCACAUGAUCGAUAUUCUCAGUGCCCUGCUACAUGGCGCCUGCCUCUGUCAGGUUUCGCAGGAAAAGAUGCUCGACCGAUUGGCGCAUUGGGUUCGAACCAUGCAAGCAGAUACCAUCCAUCUGACUCCUAGUGUGCUGGAAACCAUGGAGCCAGAUGAUGUGCCUUCUGUGCGCUAUGUAGUUACCUGUAGUGAGCCUGUUUCCGCUGCGGUUGUGUCUACAUGGUCGACGAAAGUCAUUCUGCGCAACCUCUACGGUUCUUGCGAGGCUUCCUCCAUUGCCUCCCGGGUUUUGUCUCCCGGGAUAUCUUUGACAGAUGUGGGCCAGGUCUCGCCGCAUGCUCACAUUAAAAUUUUGGAUCCCCUGUCUCACAACCAGGUCCCGGCUGGUAAGCUGGGAGAGAUCUUCGCUGCAGGAACCAGUGUGGCAGAGGGAUACUGGCGUGAUUCCAAGAGGACUGCAAAGAGCUUUUUUCUCCAGGACCAAGACAGCAACAACUUUUCACUAACUGCAACUUCUCAGCCAUCAUCCCUUGAGCCGGUAUGGUAUGCCACGGGGGAUUUGGGUUAUGUCUCAGAGAGCGGAGAUCUGCAUCUGCUCGCGAGAACGGAUAAUCAGUUCAAAGUGAAUGGCCUACCGCUGGAAGUCGUGGCAAUCGAGCACAUUCUGCGUAGGCACGUUGCUCGAGCUGUUGUACUGGCUCGCACGGAUGACAUAGGCCAUUUCAGAUUCUUUGCCUUUGUUGCAACGCAGCAGGCCCUAGUUACACCUGAUGAAUCUGUCGAAAUCGACGAGUGUCUCUCAGCAACAGAGCUCCGAAGCUACCUAUUGACGAAAUGUCGAGAGUUUUUGCCCGGAUACAUGGUACCAGAGAUCCUCGUGGUGAACGCCAUCCCGCAGAACCGAAGCUAUAAGAUUGAUCGUCAGCGUCUCUGUGAUAUUCUGGAUUCUUAUUUUGCACGGGAAAAGGACCUGUUGACCCCUGUUCAUGCUCCCGAUCUUUUAUCACGGAUCACUUCCAUUGUGAACCACCGCCUGCAACGGACUGUUCCUGUAGACGAAGACCUACGCAAUUGGGGCCUAUCUUAUGUGGAUGCAAUGUACAUCAUCUGGGCCAUAUUUGAGAUCACGGGAAAGCGUAUUUUCCUGAGAGACGUGCUCCACAAUCCGACAGUGGAGCAUUUGGUCCGACUGACGGAGGGUGCUGAGGAGACUCCAAGCUUCUGCAGUAAUGAACAUGCCGCCUGCACACGAUUCAUUGCUUCUCCGAGUCAGAGGAGCAUCUUUGGUGCACACAAGACUUUGCGAAACGGUGCAUAUAACCUCAACUUCGCUUACCACCUCAAGUCGCCGCAACUAGAUGUUCUGCGGUUCUUUGAUGCAGUGCGUCUGGUCUGUAGUGAGCAUGAAUCUUUGCGGUCUACAUAUGAGCUCAACGACGACUCGCAAGUUGUCGGGGUUAUUCAUCCUCCGCAGGAUAUGCCCCCAGUCCUCUCGUUUACGCAAUUUACGGAGCUCUGUGAGCUGUCUGGAACCCACGAGCUCUCCACCGCGAAGCACCGUGCCCGGCAGCUUAUCAAUGAAGUCGGAGAAGAAUAUGUUGAUGUUUCCAGCGCCUCUCCGCUUCGGGUCACAGUAUAUGAAAUUGCUCCUAUGGGUCAAGAAAUGAUCAUUCACUUUCGUGUUCAUAACCUGUCAAUCGAUGAACUGUCAUUCGAACGCCUUAUCCAUCAUGUCUUCGAUGUAUACCGUUCUGGUUCCACGUGCAUAGACACCACCAAACUGCUUUCCUACCCCGAAUAUGUAAUCCGACAGAACCGGUCCAUGAUACACCGGCAGGAGCAAGACCGAUCAUGGUGGUCAAAUUGGGCUAAUGUCUCUUGGUCCGAAUCGUUGUCUGAAGCACUGCUUAGCCGACAGGGCGAGACACCCAGGCUGGCCAUUCGCAACCCCAGCCAAAACAGGAGCAGCAUCUACUAUCACCCAUUGUCAAUGCCAGAUGUUGAAGCAUGCAUCUCGCACCGUCACCGCGCUUCGACUCGCUUCGACUUCUGGUUAUCUUUCGUUCAGAUAUUCCUUGCUCGUCUAGCUAGUCAGUCCCGAUUUCUCUUAGGCGUUCCGACUUCCAUGCGGUUUGAGGAUCCUUGCUUCCUGAAUGUCAUGGGAUGCUGUGUAGCAACCGCUAUACUUCCUGUUGUUGUUGAUACCAGCGAGAGCUUUCGAGCUGUUCUUGACAAAAUCCAUGAGUUUUACUGGCAAUGUGUUCACCAUACGCAACCUACCGAGGAUGUUUUGCAGUGGCUGUCAGUUCCUGGAGCCGGUAAUGCAGAGGUCGAGGUGCUUUAUGUAUACCACGAUAGAAAUGGGGCCCGUCAUUUACUGAAAGAAGGAACGGCGGCAGAUAUCGUGGACAAAGUCGAUAUUGCGACUGGAAGCGGUCAUCAUCCUCUGGUGAUACACGUCGAUGAGUCGGGUAGCGAGCCUCGACUUAUCUUGGAGUACGACCCAGUGAAGUUCAGACCAGAGUUCAUCGCCAGCAUAUGUGACAGCUUCCAUAGCAUGAUACAUUGGAUAGCUGCUCAUGGUUCUAACAUAACCGUCGCGGAUAUCCCCUUCUGCGGUAAGGAGAUGGAAGAAAAGGCCUUUGCACAGUCCGUGACUGCCAUUCCUUCCCAUCUGAGCUCAAGAUUUCUGAAUGGUCGGGCAGCCUACAUUCAGGACCUUGUAUUUGAUUCAGUGGACAGGAGCCCUGACUCUCUAGCCAUUGAAGCUCCUGAAGGCCCGCUCACGUACGCAGCCUUGGGUUCCCGUGUACUUGGCCUCGCUGGGGAGUUGAAGAAGACAGGUUUACGCCCUAGAAUGAGAGUCGCAUUGUUUCUGGAGAAGUCGACGGAUUAUGUGAUUGCCAUGCUAGCAGUGCUUUCUGCAGGGUCUACAUUUACUAUCCUGGACAUCCACGAUAAGCCUUCAGUGAACCAAUCCAAAAUUGAGACAGUUUCUCCUCAAUUCAUCAUCACGAACCGAGGAUCUGGUCAGUUAGCAAAGCAACUCCUCUUGCCACCGACCUCUUCGAUAUUUGACCUGAAUCUCCAUGAUACAACAAUGCAUUCACGUUUACAUUCACGUUCGCAUUCACUCAUUGACUCGCCAACGACGGCCAGUCCCCGAGAUGCCCCAGCAUAUAUCGGGUUUACAUCAGGAUCUACUGCAGCGCCCAAAUGCUUUCAAGUUAAUCACGCGGCUGCUGCGGUAUCAAUCCUGAACCAAAUCGACGCAUGCGGGUUUAAGGUGAAUGAUAGAAUUCCCAUGCUCACUAAUGUUACUUUUGAUGCGUCACUUUUAGAAGUUCUCGCCACGUUAUCCGCCGGAGCGACUCUCGUUGCAGCACCGCAUGAUCGAUUCAUAUCUGAUCUCGCCGGCACACUGAACGAGUUUAACGUCUCGCACGUCUUCGCCACGCCGACAACGAUCGCCUGUCUAGAUGGGCCAUCCCAAGUCCCAUCCAUCAGAUGUAUCAUACUUGGUGGCGAGCCAACUCCGAAAAAUAUAUUCCACCGGUGGACAGGAAGAGUGACAAUUCUGGGGUCUUAUGGUUCUGCCGAAACCACAAUUGCUACACAUGGGUUUACUAUGUGGGAACCGUCGCACUCCGAUCAAAGGGGUUCCUGCAUAGGGAAACCGGUGUCAUCAGUCAAGGCCGCAAUCCUUGAUGAGUACGGUCAUAUUCUGCCAGCGGGUUGGGUGGGAAGACUAGCUAUCGCUGCUAGGAUACCACACAAACUUGACCAGCUGAGUGCAGGAUACCUGAAUGAAGGUCAUGAUAAUGGCCGGUUCAUAGAGCAUAAAAUCCUCGGAAGGACCUUUGACACCGGCGAUCUCUGCUACUUCGAUCGCAAGGGAUACUUUUACUUGAGAGGUCGAGCUGAUGACCAGGUCAAGUCGAAUGGUUUCUGGUUUAAUCUCAGCGAGGUUGAAUCGACUGUCGAUAGAUGCCUCCUACCUAGCCAAAUCCAGGCUGCAGUGCUGAUAGCCAGACACAAUGAGGACGGGAGCCUCGACAUGGUCGCAUUUAUCUGUCAAAAUCAUUUCUCCAAGAGAGAAAGCGUCAGAUUGGCCUCGGUCCUUUCGUUGGAUGAUCACCGCACAGUUGACGAAUUGAUAACUCUUCGCAGCAAAGUUUCGGAUGCCCUUCCCUCUGCCAUGGUUCCUCGGUACUGGGUUCCCCUUUCAGAUAUCCCUCAAGGGCCCACAGGAAAGAUCAAUCGGCAGCUCCUGAAGGAAUGGUUCCUGAUAUUACACGAGAGUGGAUUUUCUGAGAAAUAUGCAUCUCUCAUGCAUCCCCCUGUUAUCAAGCAGGAGGUAAAAUGUGAAAUUGAUCACAGUAAUGUGAAAAGGGACCUGAUGAGCUGGCUCCGUGAGCACUACAGUGACUAUAAUGAAGGCCUAAGACAACGCAUCCUGGACGUUCUUCACUCUCAGUCAUGUGGUUCAGAUCUCGCUGUCGAGAGAAUAUACUUACCGAGUGCGAUGCAGAAGACUAUGCUUGCCCAGUCGCUGAUUGACUCAGAGCUAUACGCCAGCCAGCUCCUGUUGAAAUUCAUUGGGUCGAUGGAUGCCUUCUGUCUCCAGGAAGCAUGGAUGCGUGUCUGUCAAGCACAUCCUUCUCUUAGAACAUGCUAUAUCCAUCUUGAUGGUGGGAUCAAUGAGUUCUUUGCGAUUGAGAAGGAAACUGCUCAGUCGGUCACAGGAUUCUCUGUUGCAGAUCAUAUUCCACUCGGUCCGGACGAGCUCGAGAAAUCGCUGUCCGAAAUCAGGAAGUCUGCACUUACGAUCUCUAAGACGACGAGUACGCUUACCGUUUUCUCUUGGACGAGGGAGGAGCACCUCAUUGUGCUUACCUACCAUGACGCAGUAGCUGAUCGCGAGUCAAUGAGUCGAAUUUUGUCUGAUUUCGCAGCUGCCUAUCAGGGCCAGCACCUUCAGCCUGAUAUAUCGUUCUCCGCCGUAUCCGCCUCCCAUUUGUCUCGGGACAGAAGCAAGGCAGAGGCGUUCUGGCGCGAGUAUGUCACUAACGGCGAGCCGGUCUCUUUGCACCAAGCCGAAGCUGUGGCUUCUCGUCAAACCCGCAUUGAGAGCCGUCGGCUGGACAAAUUAACCAGCCAGCGAGUGCAAAGUCGUGCAAUAGACUACCGUGUUACUCUACCUACUCUCUUCCAGGCUGCAUUGGGAAUAUCGCUAGCACGUGUUACAGGGGCAACCAAACCGUUGUUCUGGACGGUCACUAGUGGUCGCGAGCUCGAUGUUUCUUGCUCCUUGUCAGCUGUUGCAAACUUCCUCAACGUUGUCCCUUGUGUUGUCCCCGUCGGAGCUGAAUAUCGUAUCCGACACUUGCUCCACCAUCUCCAUGCAGCUUCGGACGAGGCUUUCCCUCACUCAUGGCUCCCGACGUCGUCGAUACUGCCCUUCCUGCGCAACCAGACAGGCGUUAAAACAUUACUGGCGAUCGACAAUCACGAAAUUCCCCGCGUGACGUUUGAAGAGGGCCUUCGCGUGGAAUCUAUCGAAAGGCGGGAGUUCACUCAUGUCCCUUUUACAGUCAUUGUACGUCCAAGAGACAGUGGAAUUUCCGUUGCAGUGGAAUAUGACAUCUCUCAAAUACCCAAGGGCGUCGCUACACGCUUACUCGAUACAUUCGUUGAGAUUACCGAGGGCAUUUCUUCCUAUGAUGUUACGGAAGUGAUGGUGGGGGACAUUGUUUCUGACGAACAAUACUUUGAAAAAGAUUAUGUCCUUCAGCAAAUCCGAUCUGUCAACGCCGAGAAUUCCAAGCUAUCUCAGUCAUCGAAUGACACUCUCGUUUCACUUUUCCAGAGAUCGAUGAAAGCAAAUCCAAGAGCGUCGGCUUUGUACACUAGGGGAUUAUCUCUGACAUACCAGCAGCUUGAUGAACUUUCAUCUCGUCUAGCGAGACACCUCCUUCGGUUCACCCAGGGUCGGCGGAUGAUUGUGCCAAUACUGUUUCCUCGGAAGCCGGAUAUGAUCAUUGCUAUGCUGGCUGUCCUGAAGGCUGGAGCAGCGUAUUGUCCGUUGGAUAUGAGCUCCCCGCCCUCUCGCUUGGAUUAUAUAAUUCGUGAAGUGAACGCCUCCGUGAUUCUCACUGAUGAUGCAGGUUUCUCAGUCAUGUCCGCUGAGUUAAACCUUGGUCUCCAGAUCGUCAACUUGGACUCGUUGCGGUGGACUUUCUAUGACAAUGAUGAAGCAGUACUCCCAGAAGUUUCGCCCACCACUCCCUGUUACGUGCUGUUCACAUCUGGAUCAACCGGAGAACCAAAAGGAUGCAUACUCAGCCAUGGAGCUGUAGCCAGCUCUAUCAAGGCAGCGCUGCCUGCCUUCCAGUUGGAUGCCACGGACCGUGUUUUGCUCUUUGCUAACUACAUCUUCGAUGCGUCUGUCAUCGAUAUAUAUGGAACCUUGUCCAAAGGUGCCGCUCUAAUUAUUGUCCCAGACGAUGACGUGAAGGUGGAUCUAUGCAAGACCAUCAAUGACCUUCGUGUUACGUUUGUUCAUCUCACACCCACAACUGCCCAGCUCCUGGAUGUUGGUAAAUGCCCGACACUCCGAACCGUCGUCGCUGGUGGGGAGACAGUGCCACAGGGCCUGAGAAAUCAUCUUGCAGGCAGAGUACGAUUCAUUGGGAACUAUGGCCCAACCGAAACCGCCGUUCAGGUUGCCGUGAGCGUCUUUGAGCGUCCCUCUCUCGACGGAACAUUCUACAAGGCACUGCCUGGAAACGUUAUAGCCAUCAUCAAUGAGCAAGGCAAAGUUGCGAGAGAGGGUGAACAGGGUGAAAUCUACAUUGGCGGCCAGCAAUUGUUCGACGGAUACCUGAAGGAUGCUAUUUCGACGAGAGGUUCUCUGCUUAAGAUCCCAUCCUUGGGAGAUUUCCUCUUUUACCGUUCAGGAGAUCGUGGCCGGUACAUGAAAAACAUGGGUAUCGAGAUCCUAGGUCGCCUGGAUGACCAGAUGAAGUUCAUGGGACAACGGGUCGAACCUGCUGAGAUUGAAACUGUCCUUAAUGAUGCUCCCGGGGUCGCUCUGUCGGCUGUGGUCGUUGUCUCCGGUGGUUUACAUGCAGCUCUUCAGAGAAAGAGGUGUGCGGUUGCUCUCGAUCUGGACUCAGUGCGAGCCUACGCCAAAGCUAGGCUGCCUGAGAGGCUAGUCCCAGAUCUAUGGGAGAUUUCAGCCAUUCCAUUGCUUCCGAGCAACAAAGUGGCUCGAAGAACAGUUUCGAAAGAGAUUUCUUUUAUGAUUCAAAGAGCUCCACGUCUACCAGCGUCGAUGGGCAAUGCCUCUAUAUGCUCGCCUAUCUACAUUGAGGCUUCUCCCAAUGCAAUCACGACAGUCACCUCAAUUGUGUCCCGUAUUCUCGCGCUUCCUGUUGAGGACAUUCAUAAACCUCUAGAUCAUCUUGGCCUCAAUUCUCUUGGUUUUGUUCAACUUCACCAAAUGAUACACAUGGAGCUGGGUGUACUCGUCCCAUACAGCAAGCUACGAGAUGCCAGGUCUAUCGAUGGAAUUUGCCGGUGGUUGUUUGAAGCUGCACCGGAAUUACUACUGCAGAAAAAGGCAGGGCAAGUUGUGGCUUCGUCUGUUACCUACCCCGGCAGGUAUCCUGCGACUCCAAUCCAAGAAAAUAUCUGGAUGUCACAAACGAAAUUGUCCAACACCACAUACGCCGUAGAACGCGUUUUCAAAGUCCAUGAUGUGUCUGUCCCGAAACUGGUUGAAACCCUCAAUGACCUGGUCCGGAGAUUCGAUAUCUUUCAUCUUACGUUCGACCUUGACACUGAGAACGAACAGAUCUAUCAGAUUGUUCAUCCUUAUCCGCAGACCAAGAUUGGGGUCCAAUUCUUUCCGUCUGACUUGGGACCUGUAUUUGAGACACCGAACCUGCAUCUCAAGACCGGACCUCUAUCUUCGUUCCAAGUCCACGAGAGUCCCGAUGGGCAAAUAUACUUACAUGCGGCUGUUCACCAUAUCCUCUUUGAUGAAUUCACAAGUAUUGUCUUUUACAAUGCGUUGGAAGCUGUACUGAGGGGUGCCCCAGUCAAUAUCGACGACUAUCGUAGCACUGUGGAUUUCCAUGGAAUCACUCCAGGCCAUGCGAAGGUCUUACGAGAAUUAUGGACACAGAGGCUGAAUGGAAUAUCCACACUUCGUCGGGAUCAUUCUGUUCUGGUGGAUGCACAAUCACAGAACAAAAGCCGUCUCCGCAAGGAAAUUAACAUACCACUUGUGCAGCAGGAUCAGACCUAUCUGAAUUCGCACGCUUUGCGUGACAGUUCUACCUUGCUCGCACUUUUCCAGGCCACGCUACACCGGACUUUUAUGACCGAUGAAGUCGUCCUGUCUAUCCCCGUCAGUUUACGUAUUACUGGCAAGGAGAAUUGCUCGACUUUGGGCAAUCUAACUAAUCCUGCUUUCAUCCGAUCCCAGCUGAAGUACAACGAUUCUUGGUCUAAUUUCAUAAGCAGGACAUUCGAGAAUCUUGAGUUCGCCAGUCAGAAUGGUGUACCGGUCAACUGGAUCUGCUCAUGGCUCAAGAUUGAGUUGUCUGAUUUCCCAGUGCACUUCGUGUUGCACCAGACCAAUCCACAAGGCCGAUCUUCCCUGCUGCAGGACCGUACAUUCGACAUGAUCCCGCCAAAACAGCCUGCCUUCAACUUCGAGUUUCACCUAUUCCUGUCGGAAACAGGAUUUGAUAUCCUCGUUGACUAUAACCCGCUCAUCUUCGGGAGCCAGCUCGUUCAAGACGUCGUCGAUACCUAUGCAGACCUUCUCGCAUCCGUUCAGCAACGGUCAUCGUUAGACUUGAGCGAAUUCGUCGACCUCAGUUCCUCGUCUUCGAAUAGGAAGUCAAUCUGUGCAUCUGAGUUUACACCUCCAAGCUCAGUCUCUACGUUAUCUGUGUCACCUGCUUUUGGGCCACAGACAAGAAAGGCCUUGGCGAGUUACACUCAACAGCGAUUCUAUCUUCUGCAACAAGUCUUCGGGGAUGCCUCGUACAGCCUACCAUCCGUUCAUGAAGUUGGCGGGCUCCCGAUUGAUCUUAUCAUGCAAAAGUUAAAGAUCAUUGUGGAGAGAGAAUCAAUCUUUCGAACUUACUUCAUCUUUGACCAGGACUUAUGGCAAGUCACUUCAGACAAAACCGAAUUCGCUUUCUCAAUUCACGACUUGAGAGACCGGUCUUAUCAUAACGCAUGGAACCGUAUGGUCCAGCUGUGCCAGGAUGAUGCUAAUAAGCCGUUUGAUCUUGGUAAUCCUCCUUUGAUACGCUGUCAUGGUUUCCAGCUGCCAGGUGAGAAACAGUAUCUGUAUCUCAACAUACACCACGCGCUCUGCGACGAGAGUUCUCUCUGCCUCUUGCUCAAAGAGCUUGAGGGCGAACAUCAUUUCCCUCGAACAGGCAUUGUUUUCGAUUAUCACGACAUUUCCGCCUCUGAACGGAAAAUUCUUUCCGACCAAAGCUAUGUCUCAGCAUCGCGACACCAUUGGCAAUCCGCUCUCGCUCAAGGUCCUGCUAUCAAGGGUAUGCUCCCUCUCGGUAACACCAAUAAUGUAUCGUCGCUCGGAAUAGUUCACUCGACAUUCGAUAUCACGACAGCCACGAUUCCUUGGGCGCACGAAAUAGGUGCCACGUCGUUCAGUAAAUUCUUGUCUGUGUUCAUGCUCACCAUGCUUCUCCGAUACGACUGCAAAUCCCCAACUGUUUUGAUUCCCGUUUCCAAUCGCCCUGUCGAGACAGAGAAGACAAUAUACGGAUGUUUCACGAACAUCCUCCCCAUUCGGGUCGCACUAGAUGCUCACCUCCCUGUUCUGGAUAAUACCAAGCGAGUUGUGCGCGCCGUUAAUGAGGCACUGGUCUAUUCUCAGACGCCAUUCGAGAAGGUCCUUGAGUAUGCUGGUGUCAGCCGCAACGAUUUCGAGGCAAUGUUUGUGUACCAUGAAGGUUCGCGCAACAUUGGCGUUUUCAGACCAGCUGCUCAUGUGCUAGAAUCUCAGGGCAGGUCCGUCAGCCCUAAGUUUCCCCUGACUUUUUCGGUGUCCCUGGUUCGUCAUGAGUCCAGCACUACCUUGGAUGUGAAGAUCGAGUAUGACCCCAGGGUGCUUGUGGAGUACGAAGCCGAAAAUUUAGCGGAGUCUUUCCACCAGGUUCUGCUCUCUCUACAUGGUACACAUGAUCCUGCAUUCACUACAACCAACAGUCUAGGCUUCUUGAGCGACGUCGAGACUAGACUACUCGAAAGCUUCCAUGGUCCCAAGCAACCGGAGGUGGACAGGGAGCCUCUUGUGCACGACCAGAUAAUGAAUAUGGCUUCGGAAUUCCCACACCGCACCGCUGUUUCGUUUGAUGGAGAAGAGUCCUGCACAUACGAGCAACUUCAAGUCAGAGUUGCCUCUCUCGUCUCAUGGAUACAGCAACAAGACGUGCAUAUCGAAGGAGAAGCUACGAUAUGCAUAUUCAGUGACGCCUGCGUCGAUCGGAUCAUCUGUAUUCUAGCCAUCAUGCAACUUGGUCUUGCAUACGUCCCAUUGAGCGUCCAGGACCCUAUCCAUCGGACCAUGGCCAUCAUCCAGGACUGCAAACCCCAGGCUAUUCUGGUGCCAAGUACAGGCACUUUUGCUCACUGGUCGAAGGUUCAGGAUCUCCAGAGAGAACUUCAGAUUCAUGUGUUGGAGACUGUGCCCUGUUUCAUCAUCCCUGAGAACAUUCCUCAGAUCACCGAUGCUGUUCCGAUGUCGCCUCAUGUCCAUCAGCAUCCCUCUAAUAUAGCUUGUGUUCUGUACACGAGCGGACCGACCAGUCUCACAAAGGGUGUGGCUAUUGACCACCAAGCUCUCCGCAACUCAAUAACGCAACAUCGAUCCAUCUACCGUUUGCAACCCAGAAGUCGACUGUUACAACUGGCGCCUUACACUUUCGAUGUCUCUGUCGUGGACAUCUUUUCCACACUAUCUGCAGGCGCAACUCUUGUCAUUGGCCGCCAUGAAUUCCUACUAUCCAACUUACAACAAGUCGUCAGAGACUGGGAGAUCACUCACAUCGCCACUACCCCAACGGUAGCCACAUUGCUAGCUCCCGCUCUGUCUCCAUCGCUCCAGGUCCUGGCUCUUGGUGGUGAGACUAUGUCAGAGGCAGUCCGAGACGCCUGGGCGGAACACGUGCAUCUUCUGAAUGUCUAUGGACCGACAGAAACUACCGUCAAUGUCGUGAGCCGGGAGAUGUUCCGUACCACUCCUGUUUCCGACGUUGGUAGACCCUUACCCAACGUCCUUGUCUACAUUCUUGAUGAUCAACAUCGUCGCCUUCCCCCAGGCCGAGUGGGUCAACUGGCCAUUGGAGGCGUGCAAGUCGCUCAUGGUUAUCUGCGCCCACAAAGUGGGAAAUCAGCAUUCAUAACCCAUGAUCAUCUGGGCAAAAUUUAUCUCACUGGAGACUUGGCUAAGUUCACUACUACCGGAGAUAUCAUCUUGCUAGGCCGAACUGAUAGCCAGAUCAAGCGUGAGAUCGAGGCUAUCCUCAGUAAAGAGAACAAUGUGUCCGUGAGCACCGUCUCUUCCGCGAAAUGGUCCUUCAUUUCGUGAUUGACGCCCCCGCGAUCGAUCAUCCGUGCCUCUUCAAAAUUGAUCAUCGAUCAAUACUGCGAGGAAUGUCUCUCUUGAUUCAACCGUUGUCUCGGAUGGGAUCUUUGUACGAUAAUGACCGAGGGAAACUGGCACGACUGACUGUAGAGGUCAUCAAAGUUUGUGUCAAUGUACACUUGAUUCUAUUCACAUGUAUUAUUAGUAGGUAGUUACGAUAGCGAAUAAGCAAUUUCUAUUCAUUCAUUUCAAAAUUUGUUUCAGUGUAUGGCUCGCGAAAUGGCUAAAUACCGACUCUUACUGCCCUCUAUAAGUCUUAUUCUGUUAAUGUCAGUGACAUAGAGUGAGAGCCUUUAG